UUCUGGCAUAAAGCAUGUUUCCACUGCGAGACCUGCAAGAUGACCCUAAACAUGAAAAACUACAAGGGCUACGAGAAGAAGCCGUAUUGCAACGCACACUACCCGAAGCAGUCCUUCACCAUGGUGGCAGACACUCCCGAGAACCUGCGCCUAAAGCAGCAGAGCGAGCUCCAGAGCCAGAUUCGCUACAAGGAGGAGUUUGAGAAGAACAAGGGGAAAGGCUUCAGCGUGGUGGCUGACACCCCGGAGCUGCAGAGAAUCAAAAAGACUCAGGAUCAGAUCAGCAACCAGCAGCACCCGGCAGCCUCCGUCCGUGCCCGGGUGCCGGUGCUGCGGUACGUGGUGGACGUGGAUGUCUGCGUUGCCAUGGUGAACGGGGAGGAUGCGCGCUCGCACGUAGAGCUGCGGCACCGGGCGCAGCACAUGCAGGGG